UCCAGUUGUAUUCUACGUGAACAGCACAAUGAAGUACGUUAUCAUAGUAUGUUCCUGCUUAAUAUCGAUGUCACAACAAAUCACGGAUCAAGACGCGAAUCCGGAGUUUUUUCAGAAAGUGGUGGAAAGUGCCGAUGAGUGUGUCAAACUCAACAAUCUCCAAAGCGACGACUUGGAAGAUAUAUUCAGCGACAGUUCAGAGAUCAGCGAUGAUAUAAAAUGCUAUGUAAAAUGUAUCCUGGAAAAAACUGGAAUCAUGAAUGCCGAUGGUGAAAUUGACGAUGUUGCUUUAAAGGUCUCGUUGCCGCUUACUUACGCCGAUAGCAAAAAAGACCAGAUCGUGGAGAAGUGUGCAAAGCAGACAACUGAUGAUCUUUGCGAAGCAGCUUUUAAUUUAGCAAAAUGCUGUGAAGACUUCCAAUAACCUUGUAAACUGGAUAUUCGCUCUUAUUAAAAAAAACCCAAUGUACUAAUUGUCAAAGAUUGAAUAAAUAAGCAAAUAAAAAGACAUGCACCUAG